AUGGUAUUCACUGUUCCGCAUAAGCUAAUAGAAUUGUUCCCCUUUCAGAUGCCGCCUAAAAGAGCAGCUAACCGUGCCCAGACUGCUAGAGUUGCUAGAGAGGUUGAAGAUGAGCAUGUGCAGCCUGCAGACCCGCAGCCAGUUGUUCCACCCAUUGAUCAGGACGCCAUAAGGCAGAUGGUUGAUCGAGAGGCAGCCAGAGAAGCCGCCCAGGAGGCUGCCCGAGUAGCUGCUCAGGAGGUUGCCAGACAGAUGACUGCAGCUCAGCAGGGUCAACAGAUUCCGCAGGGUCCUCAGGUCCCGGUUCAUCAGGCCCCCGUGCUACGGUAUCCGCAGGUCCCUAUUCAGCCAGUUCCAGGGGUCUUUCAGGUUCCACCGCCGCCGCCUCCUUUUCCAGUGCAUGUACCUGAGGUUGAUGAGAUAUUUGUCAGGGUGUUGGGACAAAUGAAGUAUGUGAACUUGGAGCAUUUCAGUGGAAACACAGAGCCUAUACUUGCUCACGAUUGGAAGCACAGUUUGGAGAAGUGUUUGGACAUUAUAUCAUGUCCACCUAGGCACAAGCUUAAGAUUGUGGAGUUGUAUUUGCGUGGAGAUGCAUCCAUCUGGUGGGAUGGAGUGAGAUUGAUGCACCGUGGCGAGCUAUCAUAUGAGGAUUUUCUGCAUGCGUUCAACAAGAAGUAUUUUCCCAGAGAAGCUCUGCAUGAGAAGAAGAAUGAUUUCGAGCAUUUGAGGCAGGGUGCAAAGUCCGUCAGGGAGUAUGAGCGGGAGUUUAACCAGCUCCACAGGUUUGUGGGUAACCAGAUAGAAGAGGAGGAUUAUCAGAAGAUAAGGCGGUUCUACAAGAGAAAUGUAUGGCAGAAGAGCAGAAGUACUCUAAGGCAGGUCCACCUAAGACCGGAGGAACUUCGGGAUAACAGAAAAGGACUUGGGAGUAGGCUGGGGCACCCCGUUGUGGGCGUUGUCGUCACCAGCAUUUUGGAGAGUGUGUCCGGUGCUAUAACUUUUGCAGCGACAACAGCACCAGCAGUGGCCUUUGGAAACUGUUUUGGCUGCAACCAGCCGGGUCACAUGAUCAAGGAUUGCCCGAUGAGGGGAAAUGCAGCACUUCCACCACCACCGAAGCGUCUAGCCAUCGCUCCACGUGUGUUUGCGGUUGGAGAUCCUCAGGGAGCUGAGCCGAUAGUGGGAUCGGUUUCGGUUGGAGGUAAGUCAGCUCAUACAUUAUUCGACACGGGAGCUUCUCAUAGUUUUGUGAGUCCGCAUUUAGUUAGGUCUUGGUCUUUUCGGGGAGUCUUCGAACCGAAGACUAAGGAAAUCCAGACCGUCGGCACAGAGAGAUUGGGAGCAGUUGGUAUUCAUCGCGACGUACCAGUUAUGCUUGGAGGAGUAGAUUUGCUCGCAGACUUAACGGAGAUGGAGAUGAAUUUCUAUGAUGUCAUACUUGGGAUGGAUUGGUUGACGCGACAUCGAGUGAUCUUGGAUUGUCUUGAGGCAAGAGUUACUGUUCCUAGAGCCGAAGGGAAGAUCACUUUCCAAGGGAUUCAAACACAUCGAUUAGUUCCUAUUGUAUCUAUAAUGCUUGCUAAGGAAUUAUUGGAGAAUGGAGCAGAGGGAUAUUUAGCGACCAUUUCAAUGGCUAAGGAUGAUGGGCAACAGCUUGAGAUGCAGGAUAUUCCAGUGGUUGCUGAGUUUGAAGAUGUUUUUGAGGCCUUAAAAGGGCCACCACCAGCUAGAAGUGAUGUUCUUACAAUCGAGGUGGAACCAGGAGCAGCACCGGUUUCACGAGUCCCUUACCGUCUAGCACCACCUGAGAUGGCUGAGUUGAAGAAGCAGUUGGAGGAACUAUCAAGUAAGGGUUUUAUUAGGCCAAGUACUUCACCGUGGGGAGCAGCAGUGUUGUUUGUGAAGAAGAAGGAUGAGAGUUUCAGGCUCUGUAUCGACUACAGAGGUUUGAACAAAGUCACCAUCAAGAAUAAGUAUCCGCUUCCGCGCAUCGACGAGUUGUUGGAUCAGUUGCAGGGAGCUUCAUGGUUUUCUAAAAUUGACUUGGCAUCAGGAUACCACCAGAUUGCAAAAGCUGAUCGGGAUGUGCAGAAGACAGCCUUCCGUACACGUUAUGGACAUUAUGAGUUCGUCGUGAUGCCAUUUGGUUUGACGAACGCACCGGCAGCAUUCAUGAAGCUUAUGAAUGAUGUGUUUCGCGAACAUUUGGAUAAGUGUGUGAUUGUCUUCAUCGACGAUAUCCUUGUUUAUUCUCGAAGUAGAGAAGAGCAUGCCGAGCACUUACGGAUUGUCUUGGGGAAGCUUAGAGAGCAUCAGUUGUUUGCUAAGUUGAGUAAGUGCAGCUUCUGGCAGAGGAGGAUUGGAUUUCUUGGUCAUGUGGUUUCAGAAGAAGGAGUUGUUGUGGAUUCAGAAAAGAUUGCUGCAAUUUCAGAAUGGCCAACACCCAAAAGUGCGACGGAGGUUCGCAGUUUUCUUGGGUUGGCAGGGUACUACAGGAAGUACGUCAAAAAAAUUUCUAGCAUUGCGAAGCCAAUGACGAAGUUAACAGGCAAGGAUGUCAAGUUUGAUUGGAAAUAUGAUUGCUCGGAAAGUUUUGCUGAGUUGAAGCGACAUCUGAUUAAUACACCAGUUUUGGUACUCCCGAGGCCAGUGAUACCAUAUGAGGUUUACACCGAUGCAUCAGGUACUGGUUUGGGAUGUGUAUUGAUGCAAGAAGGUAAGGUCAUUGCAUAUGCAUCGCGGCAGUUGAGGCUUCACGAGACUAAUUACCCCACUCAUGACUGGAAAAAGGUGAAGAUUCUCACAGGCCACAAGAGUUUGAAGUACAUUUUUACUCAGACGAACUUGAAUUUGAGGCAGCGAAGAUGGAUCGAGUUGUUAGCAGAUUAUAACUUGGAGAUCACUUAUCAUCCAGGAAAAGCUAAUCAGGUGGCAGAUGCUUUGAGUAGGCGCAGAAGCGAUGUUUCAGGAACCAAGGAGGUUCAUGAGCUUACUGGGAUGCUCGCUAGUCUCAGAUUGUGUGCUACUACUGUGGAUGAAGACACCGCUUGUCUCAAGGCUGUAGAGCAGGCAGAUUUGCUAAGUAAAAUACGCAAAGCUCAGGAUGCUGAUGAGGCUUUGUGUAAGCAAAUCGAGAUUGAGAGUAUUGGAUAUCAUACAACUUCGAGUGGGAUGUUCAUGUAUCGGAACCGGGUUUGUGUGCCUAAUGAUGAGUUGUUGAAAAAGGAAAUCUUGCAGCAGGCACACCACUCGUGUUUCUCUAUUCAUCCAGGAAACACCAAGAUGUACAGAGAUCUCAAGCGUUAUUAUCAUUGGCCUGGCAUGAAGAGGGAUGUUGCUUCAUUUAUAUAG